AUGGGUUGGCAGGAGGUUAAAUUCUUAACUGAAGGCGAGGGCGUGUUCUAUUUUCCUCAAGGACAUAUUGAGCAGGACAAUGGAAGAGGAAUGCCACAUGAUGAUAUUCCCAAUAUGUUUGGACGAGUUUUGUCUGGGACAAAAUAUGGCUUGAAGCAGACACGCGGAAAGUUUGGACUUGGUGCAAAGAUGGCAUUAAUUUGGUCCAAGAUGAGUACAGGGCUUCCUAUUGACAUUUCAUCAUCAAUGAAGGCCCAAAAUUAUAGUUCAUUCUGCAAGCUUGAUAUAGACAUUCAUCGGUAUGAUUUAUAUAAGGCAUAACUUAUAAUCCUAUGACUAUUGUUACAUUGUGAAUGUGCAUAGUUGUAAGUCUCCUGUUUAAUUUUGUUGUACUUUUCGUUUCUUUCUUUCUAGUUUAUAAAUGGAGCUUCUUUCAAUCAUUAGGAACAUUCCUCACAUUCACUUACAUGAAAAACGGGACAAUAAGGAACGAUGGCAUGGAGCUAAAAUCCAAGUU